CAUAAGGAUAAAGCAAAUUAGGAACAAUACCGCUGUACAUUAUGUAACGAGCAUUCAGCACAAUGGAGGAAAAACAGAAAGAUAACCCAGAAGAAAAUACUGUGUUACCCCUCUUUGCUUCAUUCCAAAAAUACUUGUCCAACGACCAAGAAAUAAGAGAGGGAAUCAGAACAGUAACCAGAGAGUUGGAACAGUCUGCAAGAGAAAUCCUGGCUGUUUUGCAAGCAGUGCAUCAAUCCCCAGGUGUUGAAGCUGUAAAGAAGAUUUGUGCAAAAAGCAGGGAAAUGUUGACUGCUGUGAGGUCUGAAUAUAAAAAUCUUGUGGAGAAAAUACCUUCCGGUCAGUAUUACAGACCUGUAUUUCUCUAGUGACCGUAAUAGAAACAGGCUCACUAUGGUACACUGCAGAGUCGAAAUAUCCUUGAGGGAACCUGGAUGUUGUUAUUGGGCUCAGGGUUGUCGCUAAGCUGCGAUGAAAAAGCGGCGAUCGCCGGCUGGAUUUUGGUCGGCGAUCGCUAGGCAAAGCACAACGGGCACUUCCGAGGUUACACACUUACAAUCGUUCACCAUCUUUGAGCCGCCUCACUUGAAAUUCCUCAGCUACAAUCCAGUAGGCUUCUUGGAAGCGAUACAGAAUUCCAUUCCGCGGGGUUCUGAAGAAACACUCGUGAUUGUUGCAUUCAGGCCACAGUGCUUUUUAAUAUUCUAUCUCAUUUGAUUAGUCAACGGACAAUGCCCGGUCAAAAUUGGGUACUGACCGGACAAAUCCUUGGAUUUCCGGACAUCUUGU